UUCCCAUUACUUUCUCUUGCUUCUACCCCACUGCGACCCUGUUUCCAUGGUCCUCUACUUCGACGAACGAAGUCAAUUUUCUGUCUUCUUAACCUCAACCUCAAGCUUGCUUGAUACUGACACAUCUACAAUCACGGACCUAGCGCGUCCUGAAAGCCGCGGUCACACAGUCACGGUUUUAGGUUUGUCUCAACUUAGUCGAUGAAAUGUCACUCCAAAUGUUUUGAACAAUCAUUUCAAUUUGUUGUACGCAGGGGUGAUAUUGGCUCAAAUAAAAGGCUGCUGCUCUGAAUAAUUCAUGUAUGACAGGCAGCUAACAUUACACAACUUCCCGCUGUUUGUGUUCUUUCAAAAUUUGCAGAUUCUGAUAUUAACUCCAGAUUUUAAUUCACCUGCUUUUCUAAUUUUGUUACCAUAACAACAACUGCCAAAAUCUAUCUUCUCUCACUACAAAUAAUGAGCGGCAGAAAACGUUUCGUUCAGGAUCAUAUUUCAUCAUUUUGCAAAGGUUAGCGUUACAAGGAAUGAAUCUACUGAAAUCCUGGCGAGGAAGUUUAACUGAUAUUUGUCUGAUGGAAUGCUAAUUCAUCAGUUUCGGAACAUAUUCUUGAAGUCAUUCUGUGUUUUCUAAUGGAAUCAAAUCGUCAAAAUCGUCGACAUAUGAAGGACAGUACGACAAGUAACCGAACUUAACUGCGGCAAAAAAAAUCAUGGCAGCUUUAGUUAAGGCUAUCGAGCGGAAGAGAUUCAAACAAGCCAAAUUACUUUUGAAACUUGGCGACAAUGUUAAUCAACAGGAACAAUUAUCAGGAAAAACUCCUCUCUUAGCGCUUUGUUUCUUAGAGGACGAGAAUCUAGCGUGUCGUAUGACAAGGAAGCUACUUCUUAGAGGAGCAGACGUUUGCAUGCAAGACGAACAUGGAAUGAGUCCACUCAUGCAAGCUUGUAAGCUGGGUAAAGAGAAACUAGUCAAAGUACUUAUUCAGAGCGAAGAGUGUGAUUUUGCUGCUGCAGACAAAAUGGGGAAUACUGCGCUUAUUUACUCCGUUGAUGCUGGUAACGCUGUUAUUACUAAAGCUCUCACAGAAGCAAUGAAUUCCUACGAUAUACGAGCUACUGAUAAAGCCAACAAUAACGGUGAAACUCCUCUGAUUAGAGCGAUGAAACUCAAACGAGAUGACUGCAAGGAAGUGUUAUUAAAUGAUGGGAAAGCGUCCCCUUCAGCCCGCGAUUUUGAUUUAAAACUAAACGCAAAAGAAUGGGAGAGGUAUCUAAAAGAUAUGGCCGAGGAUGAAAUAAAACCUAUAGAGGAUAAGGCGAAAAGAGUCCGCUACAGGGAACAAAAUAGAAGUUCAUGUGUGAAGUCAAGGUUCUCAUCCAUAAUUGAUUAUGGACAGGAUAUGAAGAGUUCGACUAAGCUAGGAACGCAUUCAGUCAGCUUUAAUCACAACUGUAACGAUAUAAAUUCUACCAAGAGGUUUCCCCAAAGGACAAAGUCUGCUUCUUUGGUGACUUGUAUCAACACUAACAAACGCCAAUCGACAUCUAAGAUUUUCCAUUCGGAGUCAAGUGAUGCUGUAAGGAAAAUUACUGAAAUGAAUUUUUCAGAAAAGGGAAACAGUCGAUGCUUUGAAAAACAGACGAACAAAGGCGAGAUGAUUUCAAACCAAAACAGUAAGUCAAUGAGAACCCCAGGGAGGUCAUUCAAGCGUCAUAAAUUGAAGACAUACCCAGUGAAGAAAAUGCUUCCUUCGACUGCUGCUGUCACAGAAAAACAAAAGAUGGCAUAUGAAAAGACUGGUGAAGACAGUGGAGACGGGUUAUUUUUUGGUCAAAGCCAUAUACCUCAGCUUUUUAAUCUGAUGACUCAGCAAAGGACCCAUUCAUUCCGGUCUUCAGCAAAGACACCAGCCCCCGGAGAACAGAGAAGCAAGUGGUCGGUCCGUGAAGGGAAAGAAAAUAACAGGAGAAUAUUUUCUGGAAGGAACUCAACCACGAUGCAAAAGCAGUGUCUCUUAGGCAGAAGAUGGUCCACAGCCGAGUCUUCCCUUAUUGCGCUCGAACGAUUUCCCUUGCUUUACAGUCGUUCGGAUUUCCAGGCGUUAACUCCAGACAACCGCGUGACUUUGGAAAAAUCAGCUUUGAAAACAAGACCAAACUCUGAACUAUCAAGCCUAGAAGAGCAAGUUACAAAAGGAAAGAAUUUAAACAGAAAAUCAAAAUCACCGACUAUAUCUCCUAAUUUUUUGAGGCUAAACAUACCUCUCUCAGCAUCCCUUCCUGACAGCAGUCGUCACGGACGGAUAAAAUCUUCCAGACCAAGAUAUGCAAAGCGCAAUAGUGACCCACUCCCAGCAGAUAGAACCUUAUUAAGUGGGUCGUUGAGGACAGUGACUGCAGGCCCAGUGAUCGAGGAGAUAGAGGAAGGAGGGGAUAACGAGAUAUGAGAAAAAUUAAUGGAAUGUGGAUUAUCGAGGAUACGAUAAUCUGAA